AUGUCUUCCGCCGGGAACCCGCCGGGCCGGAAGCGCGCUCGCCCAUCAAACGCGUCUGGCAACGCGUCUCGACGACCACCCGCCGACGAUGCGUCGCGGCCACCAAAACGCAGCCGGCCCAGUGCUGGCGGCGCGCCCGCCGCGCUGAGCUCGAGAUCCUCCGCGGCCGCCCUGCUCCGAGGACCGAACCCCAACGUCGCCCGGAACCGCAUCGGCGGCCAGCCGGACACAGCAGCGUCCGCAUCGCGCCCGUCGCUCCACGACGUGACGCCCUCGCAGAUCCAGAACAAGCCGCCACCCAGACGACGCAGUGCCCAGACAAAGACGGCCGCGAAGCGGAUGGCCGGCCCGGCACAGGCAGGCGGUCGGUCGGGGAGUACGCGGCGACGGCCGCAGCAGGAGUCGUCCCCGGACGAGCAGCCGCUUUCACGAUCACGCAGACGAGCAGACGAGGCGCCGGAUGGUGAAGAGGAGGAGAUUAGAGACUCCGAGUCAGAAGGCGACAUUGACGACGACGACGACGACGACGGCCCGCCAUCCCCCGAGAAGCCCUACCCGCACGUCGCGCCCUUUACGCGGCGCGUGCGGCAGUCCACGAUUGAGACCAAAUGGAGCCCUCUCGGCCGCGGCUCCCUGAAAGCGCUGACCUCGAUCCUCCAGCUCGCGCAGCGGCCUGUGCUGCAGCGCCUCACCUCGUCGUCCGCGGCGCGCGCGGCGCCGACCGAGGCCGCGCUGCGGCUCAUCACGAAGCGCAUCCUGGACAAGAUCCGGGGGGUGGCGGCGCGCGACACGCUGGAGCGCCAGCUCGACCCCGUGCUGCACGCCGUCGACCUGCUCGGCGCCGAGACGCGCCGCAUGGAGGACGAGCUCGAGCGCGACUACGAGCGCCUGCGCCUGAUGGAGGCCGAGGCGAGGACGCGCGCGAGGGAGAACCGCAGCUUGUUGAAAAAAGCGCACGUGCUGGCGCCCGAGGACGGCGCGGCGGAAGGCGGCGCCAGGGGGGAGGACGGGCAGGGCGUCAAGUUUGACAAGACGACGAUGAAUCCUUUUCAGGCAUGUUCUUUUUUCUCUUUUUUUCUCUUGAUCAUUUUUGCACGCCGCAGAAUUCGCUUGGUACUAACAUUGGCCGCAUGGUUGCAGAAUAUCGAGGACCCAGAGAUCAAGGACAUGGUGGCCACGCUCGGCGCGCACGUCGACAGGCUGCAGGCCAACGUCGAGCAGACGACGGGCGUCGGGGAGCAGAUCCAACGGACGCGGGCGGCGCUGCAGGCGGUGCUGGCUGCCAGGGUGGGAGCGCAGACGUACGAGCAUGUCGUCCUGGGGCGGUAA